UGGACACAGCGGAUCACCAAUCAUGGAAAGAGCUGAAGAUGUCAGCUCGGUCAUGUAAUCAGCUGUGUCCAAUCACAGCUGAUCACUGACCAUCAGGGCACUGAUGAUCAGUGUGCCCUGAUGAUCAGUGUAGCCCCAGCAGCUCCACCUGUCAGUGUCCAUCAGUGCCUUGUGUCAGUGCUCAUCAGUGCCUCAUGCCAGUACCCAUCAGUGCCACAUCAAUGCCACAUAUCAGUGCCUACCAGUGCACAUCAAUGCCACAUAUCAGUGCCCAUCUGAGCUGCCUUUCAGUGUCACCCAUCAGUGCCAGUCAGUGCCACCUAUCAAUGCCAAUCAGUGCCACCUAUCAGUGC